AUGGAGGAGAUAUUGCAAGACGGAAAGCUCGGCCUUUCUUCUAGGAACGAUUCUCAUCUCAACUUGAAUGUCGCCUCAGCAACAGAGAUGUCUUAUGCGCUAGAGACCAAGAAGCGAAAAUUUACCAGGGUUCUGGAAUCACUGUCGAAACCUUUGGCACCCGGUGAUGGCGGAGCAAAACCCGCUAAGGAUCCUUUAAUGGCUGCCCGACAGCGUUUAGCGGAUGCGACACAUGCACCUUCGAUCAAGAGAGUUCGUGUUGGAGAGGGGAAUGGCGACAAUCUGACGACCAAGACGACCGUUUCUCGAAUCUUACGAACCACUUCGAGCUCCGCAAACCUUCGCCCGAACUUUGUUCCUUGGGAUCGGGAUCGUUUUCUCGAGAGAUUAGAGACAUUCCGACCUGUGACUCGAUGGACUUCACAGCCAGCUCCAAUAAAUGAGGUUGAGUGGGCGAAGAGGGGAUGGUCCUGUACUGACUAUAUGCGUGUUUCCUGCGUUGGUGGCUGUGGUGCUUCAAUUGUGGUGAAAUUGCCCGAGGAAGUGGAUAACUUUGAGGACUUGGAUAGCGAGAAGGUGCAAGAGAGGAAAGACGUCCGACAAAAGGUGGUCGAGGAGUAUCAAAAGUUAUUAUGCCAAGGGCACAAGGAGACUUGUUUAUGGCGGACCAAGUCAUGCGACGCCACUAUUCAUCGCUUACCGCUUACAAAUCCCGAUGCUGCCAUUAAUGCUUUACGAGAACGCUACUUGAAGAUAUCAAAAAUGCGAGACCAGCUGCCGUCGAAAGAAACAAUCGAGUUACCUGAACAACUGUCUAUAGAAGAAAUUAUAAGCCUACUACCCCCAGACUUUGUCGAACCGUCAGAAGAGGAUUCUACUCAGCAAGGCGACUCAUCAGAAAAAGAUAUCGACUAUAGAUCGUUCGUCUUUGCAUUUCUCGGUUGGGACGUCGUCAAAGAUGGCUCUAGCGGACUGCUCGAGUGCCGUGCUUGCUUCAGACGUCUGGGUUUAUGGCUGUACAAACCAAAAGAAGAAGGAAAAGAUCCUGUCUACGACAAGUUACCGGUUCAUACUGAACAUAUGGAUUAUUGCCCGUGGAUAAAUGGAACGGCGCAGAGUGCUACCGGUACUGCAGCAGAUAAGCCGAAAGGUCUGUUAAGUGGUUGGCAGAUCCUAGCCCAAGGCAUUCGCACAAAGCAUCGCCGACGGGUAAAGGCAACAGCAAUAUCCCCGCGUGAAGUUACACCUGUGGACUCCGAUACUUUGUCUCUGGGCUCAACGGCAACAGAUGAAGCUACUCAGAGGGCGAAGGAUAAGGAAUGGUGGUCAAAGCUACGACGAGUACGAGAAGCGUUGCAUGUGAAGGGGCCAAAGAAGAGCAUUCCAGAAAGGAAGUAA